AUGUCGGACUACGACAACAAGCAGCAUUACGACGAUGUGUAUGAGUAUCCAACGAGCACAAGACCCGAACACGGGCAAGGCUAUUCCGCUUUCGCUGCCCAUCCGACCUAUACGAACGACUAUGUAACGACUCAGGCGGAGGUUCCAUCUGGGCUGCCACACUCCGUGGCCGCAUACAAUCGACAUCCCGCGGCCCAAACGUAUGCCUCACAUGACACAGCCUACUACCACAACCAGCAGGUCCAUUACCCUGCAUAUCUUGAGACUGCCUCCCGUCCACUGCCGGAAAUAACAUCCUACUCACCGAAUCAAGGACAACGAGGUACGCGAGUUACCGUCUACCUGCGAUCUGUCUACGACUUGGAUCUGCCGCAAGUUACACCGAUGAUUAUGUUCGGGCCAAGGCGGUGCGAAAGCCAGAGUGUUUUGACGAAGACGACGCAGCAUGGCCAACCGUACCAUUAUGCACUCACCGUGGACGCACCUCCUCUCACUCCCACGGCCUCACCAUCUCCGCAAGUCCCGUUGACUCUGACCUUCGACGAGAGCCCUGUUACCUGGUCGCCUACGUCUUUCGAGUUUGGCAGCUUCACAUACCUGGAUCAACAGCCUCUGUAUCCGGUCUUGUCCCCUCCAGCUCAGCAGAAGAAGCGCAAACUCUCGCCUGAAGCAUCUCCUCGCCGCUCACCAACGAAGAAGCAGUCUCUCCAACAUCUUGCCGGGCCAUCAAGCGCUGCUCAUUCGGCCUCGCCUUUUCGACGACCAAGCGUUCCAGAUCUGUACUCUUCAGGACGUCGAUUAAGCGUUCCAGAGGUGCAACAGAGCUAUGCACUCCCGCGUGUUUCGGCUCAGCAGUACUACGCUCCACAGCCUGCUCCGUCCUACCACAGCACCCAAAGCCCAUCAUGGAAUUACAUGCCGCACAUGCAGUCCGUGACGCGCAGCCCAUCGACAGCGACGAUGGCGGCUGGUACUAGGAGUCUGGCUCAGGCCUCACCGACCAUCAAUCCACCUCUUAUCAGGACAUCAACGUUGCAGCAAUCACCAACAACGCCAGCAAGCACAACUUCGGCUUCACAGUUCAACCCGCAUGCUAUGUACCUGGCAAACACAAAGGCGGUGCUCAAGAUCGAAGGUGACCUCAACUCGAUGGCAGACAAAUGGACACCUACCGAGCAUGAGACCGGACGCCGACUCGUUCAGUUCCGUCGCAAGCAAGAGGGCAGUGUCAUCACGGCGAACUUCGAGCCGGUCACUCUCGAAGACCGGAUUCCGAACAGCAUCUGUGUCAGCUGUAUCUGGUGGGAGGAGAGGCAUGAGUGUUACGUCACCAGCGUGGACACCAUCUCACUGCUGGAGUCCCUUGUCGCAGUCCGCUUCACGGUGGAGGAGAAGAACCGGAUCCGUCGCAAUUUGGAGGGCUUCCGGCCGGCGACUGUCUCGAAGACCAAGCCUGACAGUGAGGGAUUCUUCAAGCUGAUCAUGGGGUUCCCAAACCCCAAACCAAGGAAUAUCGAGAAGGACGUUAAGGUCUUUCCGUGGCGCAUCCUGGCUGGAGCGCUGAAGAAGAUCAUUGGCAAAUAUUCCGCAAGCUACUCGUCCACCGCCGGCGCACUGCACACUCCCGGCGCAGGCGCAAGCUCCUCGAGCUACUCUGCGUCGAGAGCCUCAGAGAUCGGUCUGGAGCACCCUCACUCACGGCCAAUUGCAUCACCACAUUCGACGUCCAGCUCUGCGACAUCCCACGGCAACGCGUACGCAGCCAACAUGGCCACUAGCGCAUAUGCACUGCCUGCCAUGGGACCUACAGGACUCGGCAUCGGGCCGUCAGCAGGUCCACCAUCAGAUCUGCGUUUGACUGUGCCCACGUCGGCCACUCACGAGACGACAUCAUGGCACCAGCCUUCGGCGCACUACUCCUCCGACCUCUCUGCCACUCGCGGAUCAUGGGACUAUCCGCACACCUACCUCAGCGCCUCGCCUGCAACCGGCCUGCCGAGUUCCGCCCAGUCGUAUCAAUUCGCCAACCGCAUCCCGUCGCUCUCGGCCCACCCUGGUAUAGCUGACACCGCACGCUUCGUGCCAUUACAGCAAUACGAGGACCACCAGCAGCAGCAAGGUCACCCGACACCGACUGGCUGA